CCCGGCUUCCGGUGCUGCGUAGUUUCCGGAGCGGAUCGCAACCCGGAGUCCGGAUCCGAUCCCGCUCUGCACAUUCCAAAGGCAGGUGGUGGUGAUGGCUGAAGAUGGGAACGAGGAGAUCAUGUUCAUCUGGUGUGAAGACUGCAGCCAGUACCACGACUCUGAAUGUCCCGAGCUGGGCCCAGUGGUCAUGGUCAAAGACUCCUUUGUGUUAAGCAGGGCAAGGUCGUCCCUUCCCUCCAACCUGGAGAUCAGACGCCUGGAAGAUGGAGCUGAGGGGGUGUUUGCUGUGACCCAGCUCGUCAAGCGCACGCAGUUUGGCCCAUUUGAGUCGAGGAGAGUCGCCAAAUGGGAGAAGGAGUCUGCGUUUCCAUUGAAGGUGUUCCAGAAGGACGGGCACCCCGUGUGCUUCGACACCUCCAAUGAGGAUGACUGCAACUGGAUGAUGCUGGUGCGGCCGGCAGCGGAGCCCGGGCACCAGAACCUGACGGCCUUCCAGCACGGCAGCGACGUGUACUUCACCACCUCGCGUGACAUCCCCCCAGGCACCGAGCUGCGCGUGUGGUACGCGGCCUUCUACGCCAAGAGGAUGGACAAGCCCAUGCUGAGGCAGGCCUGCCCUGGGCUCCAUGCUGCAGGCACCCCAGAGAGCAGCACGCCAGUGGAGGCGGAACCCAGCCGGUGGGUGUGCAAGGUGUGUUCGGCCGCCUUCCUUGAGCUGCAGCUGCUGAAUGAGCACCUGUUGGGCCAUUUGGAACAAUCCAGGAGCGUCCUCCCAGCCGGCCAGCAGGAUUCGGCGGCGGAGAAGGAAGCAGACGUGCCCCGGGGGGAGCCUCCCGCAGUUCCCAAGAGUGUCAGUGCCGCCAAAGAGCAGAAGAAAAAGCCUCGAAGGGGGAGAAAACCCAAAGCAUCCAAGCCAGAGCAGCCUCUAGUUAUCGUGGAAGGCGAGGAGCCCGCAGAACAAGUGGCAGAGAUCAUGAGCGAGGUCGAGCCUGUGGCUGCGUCGCCGGACGAACGGAUCAUGGAGCUGGUUCUGGGGAAGCUGGCCGCCACCCCCAGCGACACGAGCUCAGUGCCAAACAGGUUCCCGCACCAUCAGAGCGGCAGCAUCACCCUCAAGAGGAGCCUGAUUCUCUCGAGCCGCCACGGCAUCCGGCGGAAGCUGGUGCGGCAGCUGGGGGAGCACAGGCGGGUCUACCAGUGCAGCAUCUGCAGCAAGGUCUUCCAGAACAGCAGCAACCUCAGCAGGCACGUGCGCUCCCACGGCGACAAGCUGUUUAAAUGCGAGGAGUGCACCAAGCUGUUCAGCCGCAAGGAGAGCCUGAAGCAGCACGUCUCCUACAAGCACAGCAGGAACGAGGUCGACAGCGAGUACAGGUACCGGUGCGGCACCUGCGAGAAGACCUUCCGCAUCCAGAGCGCGCUGGAGUUUCACAACUGCCGGACAGAUGAUAAGACGUUCCAAUGUGAGAUGUGUUUCAGAUUCUUCUCCACCAACAGCAACCUUUCCAAGCACAAGAAGAAGCAUGGGGACAAGAAGUUUGCCUGUGAAGUCUGCAACAAAAUGUUCUACCGCAAGGACGUCAUGCUGGACCACCAGAGGAGGCACCUGGAAGGUGCGGCCCGGGUUCCGGAGUCGGUGGUGCGGGCCGCCUGCCCUCCCUCCCGGGUCGCGUGUCGGAGCGCCGGAGUGCGGCGGGUGAAGAGGGAAGACGCGGAGGCCGGCGGUGCCGAGAACCUGGUGCGCUACAGGAAGGAGCCUUCGGGGUGCCCGGUGUGCGGCAAGGUGUUCUCCUGCAGGAGCAACAUGAACAAACACCUGCUGACGCACGGCGACAAGAAGUACACCUGUGAGAUCUGCGGGCGCAGGUUCUUCCGCGUGGACGUGCUCCGGGAUCACAUCCACGUCCACUUCAAGGACAUCGCGCUGAUGGACGACCAGCAGAGGGAGGAGUUCAUCGGCAAGAUCGGGAUCUCCUCGGAAGAAAACGAUGGUACUUCCGACGAGAGCGCAGACUCGGAGCCUCACAAGUACAGCUGCAAAAGGUGUCAGCUCACCUUCGGCCGCGGGAAGGAGUACCUGAAGCACAUCAUGGAGGUGCACAAGGAGAAGGGCUACGGCUGCAGCACCUGCCAUCGGCGCUUCGCCCUGAAGGCCACCUACCACGCCCACAUGGUCAUCCACCGCGAGAACCUGCCUGACCCCAACGUGCAGAAGUACAUCCACCCAUGUGAGAUCUGCGGGCGUAUCUUCAACAGCAUCGGAAACUUGGAGCGGCACAAACUUAUCCACACAGGUGUGAAAAGCCACGCCUGCGAGCAGUGUGGGAAGUCCUUUGCCAGGAAGGACAUGCUGAAGGAGCACAUGCGCGUGCAUGACAACAUACGAGAGUACCUGUGUGCAGAGUGUGGGAAAGGCAUGAAGACCAAGCACGCGCUGCGCCACCACAUGAAACUGCACAAGGGCAUCAAGGAGUACGAGUGCAGGGAGUGCCACCGCAAGUUCGCGCAGAAGGUCAACAUGCUCAAGCACUACAAGCGGCACACGGGGAUUAAAGAUUUCAUGUGCGAACUGUGCGGAAAAACUUUCAGUGAGAGAAACACGAUGGAGACACACAAGCUCAUCCACACGGUGGGCAAGCAGUGGACGUGCUCCGUGUGCGACAAGAAGUACGUCACCGAGUACAUGCUGCAGAAGCACGUGCAGCUCACCCACGACAAGGUAGAGGCCCAGAGCUGCCAGCUGUGCGGGACCAAGGUGUCCACCAGGGCUUCCAUGAGCAGACACAUGCGGCGCAAGCACCCCGAGGUCCUGGCCGUGAGGAUCGACGACCUGGACCACCUCCCCGAGACCACCACCAUCGACGCCUCCUCCAUCGGUAUCGUCCAGCCUGAGCUGAGCCUGGGGCAGGAGGAUCUGGCGGAAGGGAAGCACGUGAAAGCCGCCAGGAGGACUCACAAGAGGAAGCAGAAGCCAGAGGACGAGGCCGGGGCCACGGGGCCCGAGGAGGCCACCUUCAGCGAGUUCUCGGAGAAGGAGGCCACGUUCUCGGGCGGCGUCGGGGACGAGACCAGCUCCGCCGUGCAGAGCAUCCAGCAGGUGGUGGUGACGCUGGGCGACCCCAAUGUGACCACCCCGUCGAGCUCCGUCGGCCUGACCAACAUCACCGUGACCCCCAUCACCACCGCGGCCGGGACUCAGUUUACCAACCUCCAGCCGGUGGCCGUCGGGCACCUGACCACCCCGGAGCGCCAGCUGCAGCUGGACAACUCCAUCCUGACCGUGACCUUUGACACUGUCAGCGGCUCUGCCAUGCUGCACAACCGCCAGAACGACCUCCAGAUCCACCCCCAGCCGGAAGCCUCGAAUCCGCAGUCGGUGGCCCACUUCAUCAACCUGACCACCCUGGUCAACUCCAUCACGCCCCUGGGGAGCCAGCUCGGCGAGCAGCCUCCGCUCACCUGGCGGGCGGUGCCCCAGACAGACGUGCUGCCGGCCCCGGCCCCCGCCUCGCAGGCCGCCCAGCCCCCGGUGCCGGCCGAGCAGCAGCCGCAGAUGUACAGCUACUGAGUCACCCUGCGGGGACCUGGGGGAGAACCACGGGCAGGCGGUCCGGUUCUGUUUUUAUUUGAGAUUUGUUUGCUGGAUACCAAACAAAAAAACAAAACACCGCACGUUGCAGCAUCAGGAAGGUUGACGUAGCUUUUGCAGCGUCAUCUCCAAAUUCACCAACAGCCAUCGCAGUCUGUCAGCUGAGCUCACAAGUGACCCCGAGCAGGUCCCCCUGAGGCCCGAUGUGCUCUGCGCGGCAAGGCCAGGCCCCCAGGCUUCCCCCCCGGAAGGCGGAUGGGCGCAGGGUUUGGGAAAAGGAAACCCAGGGAGGAGCAGCGUGGUAAGACCCGUAUGUCACCAGGGAUGUAAGUGGCGUGUUUCAUGUUUCCCUUUAGGGCUCCGCUACUGUGUGGAAACGUAGCCGGUUUUCUCCUGUGGCUCCUGCACGUUUUUGCUAAUGAGCAGAUAGGAGUUCAAGUCACGUUGACUCUCUUUGAAAUUUGAGUUGAGUCGAAUUCGUUCUGCACCUUUGGGCUGAAACCAUGUGGGAGGAUGCCCUGUGGGAGCGAACGCCCCUCCUCUGGCCUUCACGAGUUGCUCUCGGGCAAGGGGUCGCGUGAGACUGCCGACCAAGGCACCUUAGUGAUAGAAUUCGUGAAUCGAUUCUCAGUAUGCCUCUUUCCUUUUUUUUUUUUUUUUAAACUUUACCUCGAGCACGCCUUGUGUGAUCGAGACUGCGGAGGCCACGUCGUUCUCUAUUUUCCUCUAACACACAGAAGUCGUUUGCACUGUGGGACUGCGGGUCCACGUCCAGCUCUACGCGGCUGCCCCGAUGCAGGGGCCGUGAGCCUCAUGCCGGCCCCUCUGGGGGCACCUCGGGGUUGUGUCUCAGGAUUCCCUGCCACCAAACGUAUUUAUUAGGGCUGAGGCGUAGCCAGAAUCCCCCGCACUAGAGAACAGGAGAAAUUCAUGUCUUUUUUCUGUUUAAACUUUAAGUCCAAAGGUUGGUGUGUUUCAAGACCAGUUUUCUAUAAAAUGUUGAAUGAACUUGGCUCUUUCCCCAAGAAAGGUAUAGGUUUUUUUGAAAUGUGAAGACAGUGCUAUUUCCUGCCAAGUAGUAUGAAAGCAGAAAGGCUAUCAGCUGAGCAGUAGAAGCGUCAGUGCCCCUAAUGAACGAGUGAAUAAAUGUGCUGAGCGACGGGAGCUCUGCCCCUCCGGGGGACGCGCUUUCACACGUGUGCGCCCGUUUCAGAAGUGGCAGGUGAGGCUCUGGACCACCAAGGUGGCAGCCAGCAGCCAGCCCUCCCACGGCGCAGCCAGGGAAACAAAGAGGCGGGCAAAGAGGCUAGAUUUCUACCCUCCUGAUGCUUUAACGCUGUCCAGAAUGAAAUGAUACGUUUGUUUGCCUUACUUUGUCCUGAUCAGUAUUUGUCCCCGAUCCUGCAUUGUUUGGGAGACCAUCAGUAGCAGAUAAAUGAGGCAGAAUAACCUUACGCUGCUAGUGAGGCUACAGACGACCUGUUAUGCAAAAUGCAACGUUCUCAGCACUUCGCUUCAUUCCAAAUCGCACGAUUUUGAGGAGGGGGCUAGGCUUUGAUUUGUGCAAUACAUGCUUUCGUGAACUAAGUUCAUCACCCACGCGGCAUGUGAAAGGGGCUUCAGGAUUCGCCCUCCACACCCAGCUCACCGGUAACUCCCGACGACUCGCACCUCUGAAUUGGUAGUGGGGGAUUGUUUGACUUUUAAUUUAUGAUAAUUAUUUUUUAUGUUAUUUAUGUAUAUAAUUAACUGCUUUAUACCUAAUAGUUUCAUCAAAUGAACUUGGGCUGGGGGUGAUAUACUUUCUAAGUAUCGUCUCUGUUCUCCAAAUGUAAGUGGUCCAGGUAUCCGUGGCAUCAUCAAAAGCGCCGAGGUUCCUAAGGUAUUUUCUUAAAAAUCGCUGACCGUCCUUUUGCAUUUGCAGAAUGUAAGGGACGAAAUGACCAAGUAAAAAAUCCAAACAUGAUUGAACACCCGCUAGCAUUUAUCUUUUAUUCCUCUCCCCUAUGAAACAAAGGCCUUUUAAAUCACAAUUUUAUUUUUUUAAGAGAAGUUGUUUUUAUGCUUAGAGUAAGAACGCAUCAGAUGUCUUUAAAGAACCUGAUUUAGGUUGUGUGGCCCCAGUGUACCUCCCGCCGUUUAUUUAACUACACAGAUGCUUAAUCAUACUUCCUGUUAUAAUAAGAACUCUAAAUAAAAAUCAAAUUGACUCCUGAGUUUUCUGUAGAAAUAUUUGGUCUAAUAGGGUGACUGUCUGAGGCAAAAUAGGUUCGUGUUGUCUUAAAACGGUUGCUAUGAAUUUGCAUAUAAGACACUGGGAAGCAAAAAAUAAAAAGUACUACUCAGCCCAAAGAGUUACCAGCUGUAGACUGUUCCGCACCUCUGUCGCUGUUUCCUGAUGGAAAAGAUUUACUUUUUUUAACUGAUCCCAGUGCACAGCUGUAUCCAUAGGAGGAAAUUGGAUGGAGCCGUUGUCACCACUGAGCUCUGUGAAUCCCUCGAGGUUAUUCUAAAUUAAUAAACAGAAGAUGCUUGGUUUUGGCCGGUGAAUUUGUGAAGUUGUGUCGUUCUGUGCCAUCUGACGGUGUAAGCCUUGCAGAGCAGGCCCCCGGGAUUGCGUGUCCCUGAGGCAAGGAGGGGACGGGGGCCCCGAGUGGGAUGUGUUCCUUGUGCCGGGUGCCGCUCCACUGUGACCGACAGGGACCUGCCUUGGAGGAUUCGGGGCCCGGGAGGCAGAUGCACGGCCUUCACAGUCACAGUGGCCAGAGCUCGAGGCUCCCAGCUCAGGGCCGUGUCAGUGACUUUCCCGUUGGAUUUUGAAAUGCAUCAAGGCUGAGAGGUCACGUGUAUUUCGUGUCCCAUUAGUUUGUAUAACAACAAAUAAAAGUUGCCAUGAGCUGUGUUUUUCCAUUGCUGGCCCUCUGCUCAGACUGCCCGUUCCAAGUAGUGGACACACGGUAUAUUUUGAGAACGGUUGUAAUUCCCGUGUAGUUCAGAC